AUAACCACUGAAAUGAAAGAUAAAUCAAGAUACGAUCCGCAUGGUUCUCAUCUCGCAUUCAUCGAGAACGAACGAGAUCAAAACUGACUUCUAAAGAUGGAAAAGGGAAAGACGAUUUUUCUAGAUAUAUUCAGAAGAGCAGAUAAAAAUGAUGAUGGGAGAAUAUCUUGGGAGGAGUUUGUCCAGUUUUUCGCUGAUGGCGUCAUUGGAAAAGAAGAAAUGGAGAAGUUGUUCAAUGAUAUUGACACACACAACACCAAUAACAUUGACACUGGAGAGCUGUGUGAGUACUUUAGCAAUCACCUUGGUGAAAUGAAGGAGAUUUAUUCUCUGAUGGAGGAUCUGAACCACAAAGUCACCAAUGUACUGCAGUCCACUGCCAAGACUUAUCCUGAGAAGAACAGAACUGACAAAUUUAUCACCCGCUUCUUGAUGCGUGAGUGUAUUGGUCAGCUGACUGCCCUACAGCGCCCUCUAGAGUCGGCCUCAGACCAUAUGGACGAGGAAGCUCGAGCAGAAAACACUGACAUCAAGCCUAUCGAGCCUCGUGACGUCCUGCCUAAGCCUGACGUUAUUCCGGGCCGUGUCGGACGUCGAACCAAACAUCAGAUCAGUAGUCAAUCUUCAGUCCCCUCAGAAGGUUCAGUAAAUCCUAUAGCACUUACAGCACAAGUGGACAGACUGUCAGAUCUGCUUGACAGACUGGAACAUGGGGUGAACUUUAAAGGAUUUGUUGAUGAAGACAUGAAUGCCACAGCUGAGGAUCAGUACAUCCUGCAGCAGAGGAAUAUGGAGGUCGUCAAGGGGAAGGAAGAAGAUUUCCGUACGGCUCUCCGUCAGUAUGUGGAGGACACGAACAACGCUCCUGGUGCACUCAAUAUUAGUGUGAGGUUCUUCAAAGAUACUGGAGUGUUUACGCUGUAUGAAAUCUGGGAAGCAGAGGACAAGGAGAAGCAAUAUCGGGAGAAGAAGUCCUUUGAUUCUGUAUUCCCUGGUCUAACGUCAAAUGUCUCCCUGUCCUCAAUCACCUUCCCAAAAAUCUGGUGGUUGAAGCAAUAAAGAAUCCUGUCAGAGUGGAGAGAUGACAACUGUCUUGUACACAGGGUAGAGGCCUGCACUGGUCUACUGUACUGACAGAUUUUAUAGCCAAGUCUUUUAUCAAACUUUUAUUUUACCUCUGCUGUGCACAAUUCUAUGUUGUAUUUUAUAUUACCUUUUUGUUUAUUGUUAGUCAUCAUUUUAUAGUGUUUUUGUAUGUGUUUACUGAUAUUUAAAUUUUCUACUGAUAUGAAUUCAGUAACAUCUGUGUUAUCAUAAACAGUCAGUGUUAUAGUAUAGAAAUAUAAAGAUUUUUCCAUAGAAUGAUAGCAUUUAAAUACAGUGCAUAUACUGUAUGUCAAAACUGGAAAUACUUUAAAGUAGUGAAUAGUUUUAUAAAAUGAUAUUGUUUUCCUCAUUGCUUUGUAUUUGUCUAUGUAGGAUUCUUAUUUUGAUUCCUUGUGUAACUAAUGUCGAGAUCUAGAUAUAGUUGCUCAGUCAAAAGGUACAUGUUUUGUCUCUACAUGUAUAUUGAACAGAUUUUAAGAUGACAUUUAAAACAUCCCUAUAAAUUGAAAUUUCUUGUUUCAAAACAAUAUUCAAAUUAGCCACAAUAGUGAACAAAAUUAAUUAUCAUGCAGAAGGAAUUGUAUUAGGAUAAAGUGCAGUCUUAAAUGGAGUAAAUGAGGAAUGUGUACGGAGAAGGGAUUUAGUGAAGGUUCUCUAAAA